CCUGUCAUUCGUCUACUCGUUUGUUGUUUGACAAACUUAAGUAACGAGUUUCAUAUAUUUUUUACAUAACGAGUACUCGAAAAAAUGGAAUAUCAGCCGUGCUAGAACCGGCCGUGCAAUUUUUCAUUAAUUUCUCCACAUAAAAUCAAAAUUUAUUUAAUAAAUUGUGUUUAAACCCCUACUGCAAUAACUAAAGAACAAAUACAACCAAAAAUUCUCUAGAAAUCUCCGCAAAUAUUGGCAAAAUUUCCAAAGAAAACUUUUACAAAAGGAAACUAUUUUUGCGACUUGCGUGGAAAAAAAGCAAGAAAACGAGAAAAACUAAUAAAAAAAGCCAAAAGAAAAGAAAAAAUAUAAAUCAAAGUGAAAAUUUUUUUUACAAGCAAUUUAAAAGAAAAUUUUUAUUUAAAAGAAAACUAGCAUUUAAGAGAUCUUAAAGAAAUUGUAUUGAAAAAUUAAGAAAGUGAUUGAACAAAAAUUGUAUACCAGUGGUUAAAUGUGAAAAAAAUAUGAAAAAAAUUUAUGAAAUCAAGAAAAAAAGUGUUGAAAAUCUAAAAAAAUUUACAAAGUAUAAUUGUCGCUGCAAGAAAAAUGUUUGUUAUAAAUGUUAAUUAAAACUGCAUAUAGUUGUUUUUUUAUUGGCCAAUUAAUUUGUUGAGCUGGAAAAAUAGACGUUGACGUUUUUUGGAUGUUUUAAUAUCGUCGUCUGGCAGAAAAGGAAAUACACAUUUUUUUUAAUUUCAAGCCACAAAUGUUUGGUAUUCCAGCAAAAUAUGUUUGCAAAAAAUGCCCAGAAAUGCUGCAAAGAAAACGAAUAAAAAUGCAAAACGUCUUCCAGUUUUAAUCAAGUUAACAAAUAUAAAUAUAAACAAUAAAAAGAAAAAGGUGAAUAGCAACAAAAACAACAACAGCAACAAAAGUAGAAACAACAAUACUACUAUAAAAGAUACAAAACCGAAAAAGAAACGUAAAAAUACUGAAGCUAAGAAAGCGAUUGUUAACGCAACUUUUACUCGAUUUAAUAACAAUCAAGCAGAUAAUUGUGAUGCAAAUAUCACUACAAACUUAACAACAACAACAACAAUAAUAUCUUCAACACCUGAAAAGAAUUCUGCAGACAGCAAAGAAUCUAAAAAUUCACAAGAUCCGCCACAGCCAAUAUUUAAUUUAGCAGAGAUUAAUGAGUCUGCUUUAAAAGACCAUCAUCAACAUUUGAAUAUUGAAAAUUUUUCAACAAACGACAACAAUUUAAAUAUUUGUAAAUCCAAUUGUAGUCGCGAACAAAGUGAAACAAAAACAUUAGCAGAAUUAACAUUAACAUCAUUGUUAGAAACAGAAACUGAAAGAAAAUCCUUAACAGAACCAGAGCCUUCCUCACCAGCCGCAACAGCUUCAUUGCCCUCACCCAAUUCCUCGGUAUCAUCUUUAUAUCCCAUUGUUAUUGAAACAUCAGAAACUUUUCAACAUGAUGAUAAAGAUAAAGAACAACAGCAACAACAACAACAACAACAACAGAAACAGCAGCAAGCAGGAGCAGAAAACGAUUUAAAUAGCAAGAAAAAGAAACUACAUUCCAUUUGCAAUUGCAGCAAGAACAACAAUAAUAAUAAUAACAAUAAUAAUAAUUGUACAUGUUGUCAUACUGCAGUUGACACUUUAAAACAACACAACAAGUCACAAAACAACAACAACAACAAUAAUAUUACAACAUCUAAACGUAAUAACAACAAUAAUAAUAAUAAUAAUACUAAACAAAAAGCAGCAACAAAAGUAUUAACACAAUCAGAAACAUCAUCAAAUCAAAGUCAAGAGGUUAAAGCCCGCUUGGCGACAUUAAGAACUCGCAGAAAAGUUUUACAACAACAGGAACAAUCGGAUAAAACAUUAGAAAAAGGACAAAAGGCAACUGGCUCAGCUGUAACAACAGCACCAUUAGAGUCCACCACUGAAAAAGACACUGAAAGUUGUGAGGCUAAAGACGUUAUUAGUAGGGCUCCUCAGGCUGGAAAAUACUAUAUAAAGAAAGUUGCUCCAGUCCUUGAUGACGCAACUUUAAAUCUUAUCGAGACCUUGAGCGAAGAAAUUAAGAAACCCAAUAACAAACGUAAACGUAAUAAUACAACAGCUGUACUCUUGGGUCUUGCGACAUUGCACCAGCCACGAUCCAAACGUAUAGCAGCCAAUCCUCCAGCACAACCAGCAGCUGCUGAUAAACCUUACACAGCGGUUGCAGGCGUACAACCAACAGCAAACGCUGCUCUAGAUAACAAUAAAAAAGAACAAAAACAAGCGGGUGGCGGAGGCUUUCUUAAACCAUUGCCAAUCGAAACAACAAAUACGAAUUCGAAGAAAAGAGCGCGUAUAAUGUCGCUAUAUGAGCGUCCAUUUCAAACGGCCACUGAUGGUCGUGCAAGUGUUGUGGGCAAUGGCUAUAUGACUUCGAGUCGUUCGAGUGCCAGCAGCGGUGGAGCCGGUGGUGCCAUGGUUUUGAAUGACACCGCUGAUACACAGGAAAUGGCAAAUCAAUAUUAUUUGUCGGGAACCAGUGGUUCAGGUAUUGCGGGCAAUUCGAAUCCAUCAUUGGUGGGUAAUGGCAGUGCCAUCAAUCAUGCGCCCACCAUGGGAACAUUGUGUAAUAUUGGCAACACUUGCUAUUUGAAUUCGGUCGUCUACACUCUGCGUUUUGCGCCACAGUUUCUGCACAAUCUUCAUCAUUUGCUGGCGGAUUUGAAUGCUCUGCAACAGAAUAUUGCGAGAGCGCGAGCAAAAUCGUCUUCCUUAGGUCGCGGCAUAAGUGCAGUGCACAUGGAAAAUGCACGCAGUUGGAGUAGCAAGGAUUUAGCCUCCAUGGAACAGUAUAACAGUGGCACAGUAGCUGGUCCCGCCAAUGCAGUGGCCACCAAUUCCACUGCUCUAACACAAGUCACCCAGAAAAGUAGUCAUCAGUUGUUGACGGAGAAACUGCACGAGCUCUAUCAGAGUUUGCAUCGCAAUGAGAUCAAUGAAUCUACGGAGCCCCAUCAUGCCGAUACUCUAUUGCAUGCUAUACAAGAUGUGAGCAGCAUAUUUGAGGGUAAUCAACAACAAGAUGCGCAUGAGUUUCUAAUGUGUCUAUUGAAUAGUAUAAGAGAAACAAGUCAAACAUUAAUUAAAGCCAUAGCUGAGUGUCCAGAUGUGAUAUUGAAUGGAUACAUUUCCAACCCUGAUGAAAUUGAACGUGAUUUAAUGAAAAACCAUUCGUCUGGCAGUGGCAGUGCUGUUGGCCUUGGCGGCACUAGUAAUAGUAAUAAUAGUAAUAGUUUAGCCUCAGCAAGUUCAAAAACUUCCUCAUUCUUCUCACGCAAAUCCAAGCGAAAAGAUGAAAGCAAAAAUUCCAAAAACUCCCGCCUUCAAUCGCCACUCAAAGAUGCCCUUAUGGCUGGCAACACCCAGACCACAACCACGGCCAACAGUCUGUUCUAUUUAAAUACAAAUGAUCUCAAUACGACAUCGACGUCUCCCGCCUCUGCCGCGGCAGCAGCAGCUGUGGCGGCAGCUGGCGGUUCGCUAACCUCACCCUCAAAUUCUUUGGCGCAUGUGGCGGCGGGUGCGUCCGAUGAAACGGAUCCUCCUACUGCUGUGGCCUUAAUACUAAAGGACAAACAACGUUUGGAGGGUAAAAUUCGAGAAUUGGGUUUGGAUUUUUUCAAUGAGGAUUUCGAGGGCAUUACGGUGUCGACCACAAAGUGUUUGAGCUGUGAAACGAUAACGGAACAGAAGGAAACCAUGAUUGAUAUUGCUGUACCUGUGCCCCAAGCGGGUUACGAAAGCAACGAAUUUAUGAAUAGACCAAGUUCAUUUAUACAGAACUCCUGCAUUACUCGCGAGUAUUUUCGCAAUGAGAACAAAUAUCGCUGUGAACAAUGUUGUGGCUACACCGAGGCCAUACGAUCAAUAUCUUAUGAGGUCUUGCCACGUCUAUUGAUCAUACAACUGAGCCGGUUUAGCGGCGGCAUGGAAAAGAUUAACAGUUACAUUCCAACGUCAUUUACCCUACAAUGUUUCUGUUCCAAAUGCUGUGAAUUAAGUGACGCCAACAAGCUGCACAUUUACAAACUGUACAGUGUUAUAACGCAUGUGGGCGCUACCAUGUCGGUGGGUCAUUACAUUGCCUACACCUGUUCGCUGGACUGGGCCAAUGAGUACAUCAAUUGUCCCAAAGAGCAACGAAGAAGAGCUAGUCAAGAGCGCAAUGUAGGGGCGGCUGGUAAUGGUACAAGUGUGGGUGCCGGCAAUAGUUCACAAUCCUCAGCCGGCUCUUCGGUUUUGGGUUCGUCCAGUACCGGUUUUAUGAAAAUGAAGAUGAAAUUUGGACGCAGUAAGGCCUCCAGUUCGGGAGAUAUGAGUAAAAAUGUGAAACAAUUGAAUGGCCUGAAUAGCAGCAGCAGCAAAGCCAUAACGAAUGGCAUAGGGAAAUUGUCUAUGAAUAAUACGGGCGUUGGUGUAGGUGUUGGUGGGGGCGCAGCAACACCCCAGUGUCCGAUCACUUGUCAAAGUAUUAAUUGUUGUGCCAUGCGCCUGACAGCACAACAGCAAUUGCAAUACCAGUCAGCCAACAAUAGUACUAGUGAUUUUAGUGAAGAAUCUUCCCAAUAUUCCAAUGGUUCCGGUUACAAUACCCCAGCCAACUACAACAAUAACAUACAUCAUACACCCUACACAACAUCGGCAAAUACCUCGGGUUACGGCAGCACGGGCAGAGGUUCAACCAAAGCUUCGUAUGCCACCACGCAAAACAAUUGCAGUGAACCCAUCUGGUAUAUGUGCGAUGAUGACAAAAUCAAAGCCAUGACACAAAGAGAAUUUGAAGAAUUAUUAUCACCGGCGCGUAAAAUCACCAUAACACCGUAUUUACUCUUCUAUGCCCGUUACAAUCUACAAUCCACACCACCGAAAUCGGCUACGGCGUCUUCGUCGUCACCGGGUCCGGUCACAUCGUCGCCACAGACCUCGUGGUCCAAUGAAAGUUUACAGAGUAGUGGCCAUAGUGCACACAGUUCAGGUAUGCGCAUGUGAGAUUCAACAACAAAAACAACAGUAACAGUGACAGCAACAACUAAAAGUAAGCAUAAGAGCAAUAAUACAAGUUAUAAUAGUAAUAAUAAUAACAACAACAACAUUUACAAUAGUAGUGGUAGUAAUAAUAUUAUGAUUAAUAAUAAUAAUACUAGUAAUAAUAAAAGCCUGACUAAAUGCAAUUGUAAAGAACAGGUAAUUUAAGUUAAACUUUAUUUAAAAACAAACAAACAAAAACAGAUAAACAAAAUAUUUAAUUCAAAAUUAAAACAUACAACACAAUUAAAUAAACAACAAAUAAACAUUAAAAUGAUAAAUAA